AUGACCACGACACCACCCCUCGCGACGGGUGCCAACCCUCCGAUUCCCGCCGAACAGCUCGCCGCACUUACAUCGCUGCUGUCGGGUCUCACCGCUGCCGCUUCCGGCACUGCCACACCCGCCACGACGUCCGGCACCACUCGCACUGCCUUUCCAAAGCACGCACGCUUGGAUGGUGCGAAGACCUUCGCGAACUGGACACGCCAACUUCGCCUGUGCCUAGCGGACGACAUCCGCUCGUACGUCCUCGACGGUAUCGCACCCGACGACUGGACACCUUCGCAACGCUCCGCUCGCGACGCCGUCGCUCGUGAGGUCCUUGCGAAUUCGAUUGACUCGGCCGAAGUCUCGGCAGUCCUCGACAAAAUCCCUACCGCCGACCUGACAGCGCCGACAAUCUACUCGACGCUGAAAUCGCGGUACGCCCCUGACGACGCCACCCGCACGCUCGAGCUCUUCUCACGACUCUGGGGUUUCCGUCCCAUGCCCGGCACGGUUGCCGAAUUCGACGGGUGGAUCAUGGACUUCAAAGCCGUUGCGCAAGAGAUCAUCGACACAAAGACAACUAUCAAUGAUGUUCUCGCCACACUCCUCCUUGCAAUCGCCCACCCGUCCCUCGAGAGCUUCAAGGCGUCGUUCACCGAUGAACAGCGCACGCAACGAACUCUCCCCGACAUUGAUUCGCUUGCCGACCGUAUGCGAGUCCAACUUCGGUCAACGAACAUCCCCAGCACUCAAUCGGCCCUUCUUGCCUCGUCGUCGUCACGUUCUACUCGUCUCAAGUGUCUCGCCUGUCGCAGCCCUUCGCACCGAGUCGCGGAGUGCCCUACGAGGGCGCAACACCCGCCGCCAGGACCCUGUCGCUCCUGCAAGAAGAAGGAUCACUGGUCUCUCGACUGCAAGAAGGCGCUCGAGGACGGCAAAAAGCCCGACACCGCUGACUCGACCGUCGACUCGCAACACCAUGUCGGAUGUCUCGCCACCGGUCUUCUCGCUCGUCGUCGCCAGCUUCGCAACCACUCUUUUGUCGUCGACUCGGGCGCCACUUCGCACAUGGUCUCGGACAAGUCGCUGUUCACGACCUAUCGCCAUAUCGCUCCUACGAAGAUUGGUGGUAUUGCAGGGGGCAUCAACGCCAUCGGAACGGGAAACAUCGCCUUCAUUGCCGCCUCGGGUCAUCCGAUCACGCUUACCGGCGUGCUGCACACUCCGGGCCUGUUUGUCAAUCUUCUCUCGGUCUCUCGACUUUGCGACACCGACGAUGUCCGUGUCGCCUUCACAAAACACGGCAUCCACAUUGACAAGGACGGCAACGACAUCGCUGAAGGCGCACGACUCGACGAAGGGCUCUACUUGCUGGACGCUGAUCAUUCCAAAUGUCAGCACCUUGCUCUCCUUUCUCGCUCACAGUCGUCCGUGCCCCUGCUGACUCUCCAUCGCUGCCUCGGCCAUCUCGCACCGUCCUCCAUACAGAAGAUGGUUGCCGCUGGUUUGCUGGAGGGUCUCAGGGCCGGAUAUAGUGACGAAGAGGUAGAGAAGUUUGUCUGCAAUGCUUGCCUCAGCGCAAAGGGCCAUCGUCUUCCCUUUCCCGAGGGCGCCUCGGUCGUUGCGCGCACUUGCUAGCCCGCCCCCGGCGGUGGGGACUUAGACGCGCGCGACUGCCUCAGCGCGCCAGCGCCGGCGGAUUCAUGCGCGCGCCCGCUAGCCCGCCCCCUUGCGGUGGGGACUUAGGCGCGCCGGCGAUUUCACCCGCGGCUGACUUAGGGAUGUACAUUGUCACGCGCCUGGGACUAUCCCAGCGUGGCCCCCCCCUUUCUGUUUCUUAGCUUCCUUCUCAUCACUUCUGUUCGACUCUCAACCUCUCCUGACAGUAGUGGUGAACGUCUCAUAGGUACGCUGAAAUAGAUCACUUCUGUUCGACUCUCAACCUCUCCUGACAGUAGUGGUGAACGUCUCAUAAUGUCGAGUGACAAGCGCGAAGUGUGGGCCAAGGCCGCUACCGACGAGUUCAAUUCCAUGCGCGACGACUUCAAGGUCUUCACCAUCGAGGACCGAUCCACGGUACCAGCGGGUGCGACCAUCGUCACAUCCAAGUUCGUCUGGAAAACGAAACGGAAUGCACUCGGCGAAGUCACCGGCCACAAGGCACGGCUCGUGGCGCAGGGAAAUCGGCAACGCGACGGCAUCGACUUCAACGAAACCUUCGCACCAGUCGCACGCUUCUCCUCGAUACGCUCACUCCUCGCGCUGGCGGCCGCCAACGGCUUGCACGUGCACCAGGCGGACAUCGACAAAGCCUAUCUGCAUGGCGACCUUGACCAUGACAUCUGGAUGACGACACCGCGCGGCUUCGACCUUCCCACCGACAAGGUGCUUCGUCUGCGACGCUCCAUCUACGGACUCAAACAGGCUGGCCGAAUCUGGAAUCGACACAUCGACGCAUCGCUUCGAGAUCUCGGCUAUACGGCGACGGGCACCGACCACUGCGUGUACUCUCGGAUCGACGAUCGGCGACGCCCACACUACAUCGCGCUGUACGUCGACGACCUCCUGAUGAUCAGCCCCGACUUGGCCGAAAUUGAACGUGUCAUCUCGGGCCUCGAACAACGCUACGGCGUCAAGCGCCUCGGCCCGGCAGAGUACAUCCUCGGCAUCCAGAUCAGGCGACUCGAAGACGGUUCUAUUGCCCUGUCCCAGGAACGGUACAUCAUGGACGUGCUUGCUCGGUUCCACUUCGACACCACGACUCGCGGCACUACAGUCCCGAUGACCCCCGGCCUUUCGCUCACCGCCAUCCCGGGUCAAGGCACCGAACGGAUCAGGUCAUGGUAUCUGCAGGCUAUCGGCUCGCUCCUCUACAUUUCGCUCGGCACCCGCCCCGACAUCGCCUUCGCCGUGUCCUACCUGGCCCGCUUCGCCAACAACCCUGGACGUCGUCACUGGAUCGCGGUCAAGCACAUCCUCCGCUAUCUCCGGGCCACAUAUCGCGACGAACUGGUUUAUGCUUGCGGCGAGACACGCAUCACGGGCGUGGUUGGCUACUCCGACGCGAACUGGGGGGCCUGCGUCGAUACGUCGGUGUCCACUAUGGGCUACGUCUUCUACAUUGCCGGAUCCGCCGUGUCUUGGUCGUCCAAGCGUCAAUCUCGAGUUGCCGAUUCUACCACCGACGCUGAAUACCUCGCCCUCUCGCAUGCUGGCAAGGAAGGGAUCUACCUCAGUCAGCUGCUCGAGGAGCUCCAUGUCCAACCUGUUGCACCGGCUCACAUUUUUACUGACAAUGAAGCCGCUGCCGCAGUUGCCCACGACCCUGUCCGCGUCUCCGGCACUCGACACAUACGCUUGCGCGAGCACUUUGUUCGGGACAUGGUGAAUCGGGGCGAUAUCUCACUCUCGCAUGUGGGAACCAGCAACAUGGUGGCCGACAUCUUCACAAAGGCUCUUGGCCCAAAGAUUUUCUCGACACACUGCUACGCACUAGGCCUUCGCACUCGACACCCACGGCUUGGAUCUGCCUCGCAUUCGCGUGGGGGGGGUGUGAAGAGUCCACUCUCAGCUCGACAGGGGCGCCUCGGUCGUUGCGCGCGCCUGCUAGCCUGGCCCCUGUGGUGGGGACUUAGGCGCGCGCGAGUGCCUCAGCGCGCCGGCGCCGGCGGUUUUCGGGCGCGCGCCGCUAGCCCGCCCUUGCAGUGGGGACUUAGCCGCGCGCGACUGCCUCAGCGCUCCAGCGAUUUCGCCCGCGCCUGGGCAUAUCCCAGCGCGGGCCCCCUUUCCAUUUCUUAGCUUCCUUCUCAUCACUUCUGUUCGACUCUCGACUUCUCCUGACAGUAGUGGUGAUCAUCUCAUAGGUACGCUGAAAUACAUCACUUCUGUUCGACUCUCGACUUCUCCUGACAGUAGUGGUGAUCAUCUCAUACACCUGUGGAAGGAUCGGAACACGUGGUUCUCGCCAGCAUCGGGUGGGGUACCCGCCAGCAUGGCGUGUUUUAAUUGCGGUCAAGGUGGCCAUUUCUCACAGCAUUGUACAGCGGAGCGACAAUCCCCCUCGACCGUCCAAAUAGCAGCAAUUGCCUUCGCCGACAUGGACGAGGACGAAUGGUCGUCGGCCUCAGGUGACGUUGAGGACCCCCAGGUGCGAUUCCCCCUUCCCCUCGAGACUGAUUUGACUCGACCGUCGAGUUCCGCAUCCGCCUUAGUGACGCACCACUCUUGCCCUCCGGCAGACCCUGUUGGUCGAGUGAAAGACGUCGCCUCUUCUUCUUUUGAAGUUCAGACCUCAUCAAGUAGUUCGCAUCUGUCAGGAGCACAGCCUGCACUGCCAUCAAUACUCGAAGGAAGUCUCCCAAGUUUGCGGCCGGAGUCGACAUCAGCUACCGGUUUGUUCGUUGCAAGCAUUGUCGGCGCGAUGGUGUAG